CGGACCGGCGAAGGCAAGGGCCAGCGCGAGCCCGGGCCCUGGCCGCUGGAGGCGGAGGCCCGCGGAGGAGCGGCCCGAGCGACCCGGCGUGAGAGCCUCGCUCACCGGUGCGCUUAGGUGGUGAAAGGUUGUAGAAGUACCCCACAAGCACCACUAACUGGGAAGCAGGAAAAAGCAUGACAGAGCUAUCUGGCCAAGUCUGAAGGGUGAAGACCACCAUAUCCACCAGAAGAGCCGGGAUGGAUCUGCACCAAAGCACCACAGCCAGGCUCCUGGAGAAAUGGUGUUCCCGUGAGUCACCAACUGGCUGCAGGAGACAUUAUAAUGCCAGGAAAAAACUGAAGCUAAUUCGUGUCAUUGGCCUUGUCAUGGGCCUGGUGGCUGUGAGCACUGUCCCAUUUUCAAUCAGUGCCUUUACUGACACAGACUCUCAGAGCCACAGAGGAGAAGCCAGUGAAGUGGGUGGCCCCAGGGCAGCACCGGGUCACCGCCACAGAACUCUCCUAGACUUAAAUGACAAGAUCCGAGAUUACACCCCACAGCCACCUGCUUCUCAGGAAGACCAAGCUGAGAACAGCACUGAGCAUGCCCAGGGAGACUACCCGAAGGACAUCUUUUCCCUGGAGGAACGAAGGAAAGGUGCCAUCAUUCUCCACGUCAUUGGCAUGAUCUACAUGUUCAUAGCCUUAGCCAUCGUCUGUGAUGAGUUCUUUGUCCCUUCUUUGACUGUCAUCACUGAAAAACUGGGCAUCUCUGAUGACGUGGCUGGAGCCACCUUCAUGGCUGCAGGCGGGUCAGCCCCAGAACUCUUCACGUCUCUCAUAGGGGUCUUCAUUGCUCAUAGCAAUGUCGGCAUAGGCACCAUCGUAGGUUCCGCAGUGUUCAAUAUCCUCUUUGUUAUUGGCAUGUGUGCUCUGUUUUCUAGAGAAAUCUUAAACCUGACAUGGUGGCCGCUCUUUCGGGAUGUGUCCUUCUACAUUGUUGACUUGAUCAUGUUGAUCAUAUUUUUCCUGGAUAACGUUAUCAUGUGGUGGGAGAGCUUACUCCUCUUAACAGCUUAUUUUGCCUAUGUGGUUUUCAUGAAGUUCAACGUCCAAGUAGAAAGAUGGGCGAAGCAAAUGAUAAAUCGCAAUAAAGUUGUCAAGGUGACAGUACCAGAAGCCCAAGCAAAGUCAUCUACAGCAGGAGACAAGGAAGAACCAUCUUUACCGGCUAAGCCUCGCCUCCAGCGAGGUGGGAGCUCCGCCUCCCUCCACAACAGUCUCAUGAGGAAUAGCAUCUUCCAGCUCAUGAUACACACCCUUGACCCACUUGCGGAAGAACUUGGAUCAUAUGGAAAACUAAAAUAUUAUGACACAAUGACUGAAGAAGGGAGGUUCAGAGAAAAAGCUUCAAUCCUCCACAAGAUCGCCAAGAAGAAAUGCCAAGUGGAUGAGAAUGAGAGGCAGAAUGGGGCUGCCAAUCACGUGGAAAAAAUUGAGCUCCCCAACAGCACGAGCACAGAGGUCGAAAUGACACCAUCGAGUGAAGCCUCGGAACCUGUGCAGAAUGGAAACCUCUCCCACAGCAUCGAAGCCGCAGAUGCCCCGCAGGCCACAGAGACUGCUGAGGAAGAGGAUGACCAGCCCCUCAGCCUGUCCUGGCCAUCCAACACCCGCAAGCAGGUCACAUUCCUGAUUGUUCUACCCAUCGUCUUCCCUCUCUGGAUCACCUUACCGGAUGUCCGCAAACCUGCUUCCAGGAAGUUCUUCCCUAUCACAUUCUUUGGCUCCAUCACAUGGAUUGCAGUUUUCUCGUACCUGAUGGUUUGGUGGGCACACCAGGUUGGAGAGACAAUUGGCAUUAGUGAAGAGAUCAUGGGUCUGACCAUCUUGGCUGCCGGGACCUCUAUCCCUGAUCUUAUCACCAGUGUCAUAGUGGCCCGGAAGGGCCUGGGGGAUAUGGCUGUGUCCAGCUCUGUUGGAAGCAACAUCUUUGACAUCACUGUGGGGCUUCCACUGCCCUGGCUCCUCUACACCGUCAUCCACAGAUUCAAGCCAGUGACUGUCAGUAGCAACGGCCUCUUCUGCGCCAUCGUUCUCCUCUUCAUCAUGUUGCUUUUCGUCAUCCUCUCCAUUGCCCUCUGCAAAUGGCGGAUGAACAAAAUCCUCGGCUUCAUCAUGUUCGGCCUCUACUUCGUGUUCCUGGUGGUCAGCGUCCUCCUGGAAGACAGAGUUCUCGAGUGCCCUGUCUCCAUCUAAUGGAAAAGCCAUAUCUUAAACCAACAGCAUGGAUGGUCCCUCCCAGUUCUGGGCUCCAGGCUCCUUGCAGUCUUGAGAAGAGACAGCUUGUACACAGCCCUGGGAGGCUGUGUCCCUCCUUGGAGGGUUGGAGGAAGGAUGGAUUCUCAUGGGGCCAUUCACUUCCAGGCGCCUCACCCUUGCCUGCUGAAAUGACUCCAUGUAAGAGACAAAGAGAACCGUCUCUCCAUCACCGCUGACAGGUACUCCUCGCUGGUCGGAGGUACGUUCAUUGUGAUGACGCAAAAGAGGACAGAGGCUAUACAUACAUAUAAAUAUAAAUAUUAUAAAUAUAUACACAAGAGCAUACAAAUCCUGCCUGUUUCUGUACUAUACCUCUCCUGCUAUACCUAUAGAUUAAUAUAUAACUGUACACAAUGGAAAGAAAAAUUAUAUAUAAAAAAAUAUAUAUUUAAGUGCAAAUGCAUCUUUUCAGGGAUAGCUCUAGCAUAUUUAUAGUACCUAUUUAAAGAGGGGCAUCAACCUCCAACCUUCAGUUUGUGCUGUGCCCCUCAAGUGCAAAAGGUGAAUUCACAGAAUCCGUAGGCAAAGCUCUCUUUGCUGUGAUCUCCAGCUUGCUUUGGAUGUACUGAAUUUAGUGAAAUAGUUUGCAGAGAGGAGGGCUUAAUAGAGGGUGUCUGCAGGGGCCCCAGUUAUAACCUCUAAAAUACUCUUAUAAGCCAAAAGGAACCCCAUAUGUCCAUCCCCCCUGGGGUGCUCUUUGACACAGGAGAUUCUGUAAGAUAGGUAAAACUCAGACUGGGUGGCAACCAAGGGGGAGCUGGCGAGGGUUAGGCUGUUUUGUUUUGUUUCUUAAUUAAUGCCAUAGCAUGCAAGUAGAUGAUAUGAAUGAAAAACCAAAUUAGUGCUUUUCUAGGACAGCAAAACGAUACAAACUGAGCCUAUCAUGUUCCAGUGCAUGGCCCAUUAUCAUCAAAAGAACAAGGGCAAUCUUAGCCGUUAUUGUCAUUUGACGUGCUUUAAUUCGAAGGGCUCAGAUACAGUCCAAAGUCCUGUCAAGAGAGCUGAGAUGUGUGCUGAGAAACACCGUCCAGCAGAGGUGCUCAGCGGGAGCUGCCACCUGAUGGGGGACAUAAGGGCAGAGCUCCUUAGAGCAUUUCCCAGUGUGGUCACAAAGGGCUCCCUAAUGCUUACGGGGGGGGGGAUCUAAGAAUCCUUCCCAAUAGAUACAAACUAAUGACCGACAGUGCUUGGUUGAGGCAGUUCAGGUUUUUGGUUUGGGGUUUUGUUUUUUUCAUAAGUAUUUACCCAUUUUGGUGUGCUCCCCAGAACAGUUUCCUCUGUCAUGGAUUUGGUGAAGACCCAUGUAACAUCUUUGCCCCUCCUCCCACCAUAAUCCCGUCUGGAACUCUAGUGUUCAGAGUUCAGGGGAGACUAUCUGCCAUAGUUUCUUUACACCACUUUGAAGCAGUCACUCUGGUGUUAUGGUUUACUGAUUUUUCUCAGCUUCAUGCAGGAUCAUCACAUUCACUGAGUGUCCCCAAGCUCUGGCUGACGUCUUGUAUGACUUCUUAAGUUUACUGCAGUAGAAAAUGAGACUGGUUGGCAGCAGCAGGACCAAUUAAAUUGAAAAAAAAAAAAAAUACUCAGAGGUUUUCGAUUUCCCUAAACCAUGCUUUCUCCUUAAAAAUCAAUUGAAAAAGUAAAUAGGGGGUGGCCCACUAUGUGUAAAUUGGCAUGCAUCAUGCAUGAAGAAUGUCAUCACACAUUCAGGUCCUGAUCUGUCACUGUGCCUUUUCUGAUUAUUUGGUGAACACCUUUUAACAUAGGGAGGCAGGACGCAGGACUCAAAGCUGAAUUAGAAAGCUGAGUAACCCAAUACCCCAGGUCAAGUUCGGCAUUCCCUCCACAAACCCUCCAUUCAUUCCCGGCAUGGCAACAGCAGGCUAACCCAAGCCCGUCACCUCUCUUCACUCAUAAGCAAAAGGCACUUCAAAGUGGAGGCCCCUGAGGACACAGAAAUCAAAAGGUCUGCCACCUAAGAAACUGGCUUUCAAGUCUCCCCAACAAUGCGAAGUUGGGUUUUCAGUGAUGAAAGAGAAACCCACACCCCACUCAUCGAGAGUUGGCCUUUGUAUGAGGCAAGCGUUUAUGCUGCUUCUGUAGAAAGAAAAAACAGGAAACCUGAGUUUUCAGUUUCAAAAGCUCAGAUCUUGUUCUGUCUUCUUGAAUGAUAGCGAGAUGACUGUUGGAUAAAUUCUUAUUUCUGGUUGGUUUAUUGCUUUAAAAGGAUAGUUUUUUUUUAAAGCCAAUUACAAAGUAAGGAAGGUCACAGAAUGUCUGGUCCCACCAUUACUAUUCCUUGCCCCCCUCACCUCCUCACUAAGAAGCCCAGAAGCACUCCAAGUGUCUAAGAGCUGGGAGUUCUGCCUCAUUGGGACUGUUGUGGUGUUAAAUGAAAAGUUGCUUUGAGAAGACAACAUUCCCAAAGCCAGUCCCCACCUACACGGUGUUCCCCGUCACUGAGAGGUGCAGGCUCCAUCCCCCGCUGGCUCUUGCUGCCUUCACUGAAGAGAGUGUGGGUAUGUGGCCAUAUGUUGUCUUGGAAUCAUUCAGUCAUUGUUAAGCUGCUUUCUACACGCUGGUUUCAGGUCAUCUCUAAUUUCCUUCUUGUACAUCAGUGUGGGCAAGCAUACCAGAUCUGAUGGCAUACAAUAUCAAUUACAUCAUAACCCUUUUGGCUCAAUCACAUUUGGAAUUCCAAAGCAAAGAGCAUCCAUCAAAAGAAAAAGAAAAGUCAGGCACACCAACCAAAGUGAACAUUUAAGAGCAAAGGGUUUUUUUUUUUAAUUCUAUGCAUCUAUACACACAAACAUUCGCAUACCACUCAAAUAUCACAACCCACAGAAUAGGAAAAGACCAGCUGUAUCCCUAAUGCUUACAGAGAGGCAAAAAUAUGCAACAAGAUGCAUGGGAAAAAAAUAUUAGACUGCUUUCCUUUUGUUUAUCUGGAGCAGGGUAUAAAAUAAUAUCAAAAGUUCAAGGCAAAAUUUUACCACUCAUCCUAAAAUAAAGGAAUUGUCCCCAAAUGGGGCCAUUUGCUCACAGAAAACCAAGGCAGUCUUGCUUGCUGUCACCUCUCCUAUAGCCCUAGGCAACCCUGGAACAGGAGAGAAACUUGGUUCAGACAGUGGACUCUAAAAUAGAAACUCCUAGAUUGACAUCUCAGAAUGCCUGUGACAUAUCCACCUGCUCUCUGGACCCAGCCAGUUCCUGAUGGCAUGAAGCAUGAGGUUAAUGGUGUUAUUCAACUUCCCAGGUCCUAAAGCUGACAGGCAGAGUCAGCGAAGCAGAGUACGUGUCCAGGGCCUCAGGGAUAGGGCUGUCUCUCAGCUCCACAGAUGAGGAAGAAUGUCUGAAGCCUCUUAGUGUUAUGAAAAGAGGCGAGAACUGUUUUAUAUUCAAGGAACAUGGUUCUCAACGCCUUUGACAGGUGUCACCUGACAGUGACCAUUAGAGUUUAUGUUAUAGUGAAGACGUGAAUCAGGUGGUUUGGAGGCCUUUCAGCAAAACACAGCUGCCUCGAUGAUUAAAUUUUGGUAACAUUAACAUACACCUGCUCCUGGCCAGAGCGAGUUGACCGACUCCCCUAUGACCACCACUUCCCACAUCUUUAAAUGCCUCUUUGACCUGAAGUGAAGUAAGAUAGGGCCUACAAAAGAAGGUUAUCCAGACCCAGACCACCUUAACAGAAAAUUGGUCACAGAAAACUGAUAGAGCUGCUGACCAAACGGAGGGGAAGAUGGAGAAUGAAGUAUUGAGAUCCUUGCAUUGGAGCAUUUGAUAGAGCCUAAUACUUGUCUGGAUGAAGCAUGUCGGGGAAUUUCAGUGGGCUUACACACACACACACACACACACACACACACACACACACACA